AUGCUCGCUCGUCAGGCCCUCAAGCAGCUGCGCUCGUCGUCGUCCGCAUCGACGAACCGCAGCUUCGCCGUGCUGACCGUCGAUACGAUUAACCCCAACAUUGUCAAGGCCGAGUACGCCGUGCGCGGUGCACUGGUGCUGCGCUCGAACGAGUACGUGAGUCAAUUGGCUCGUGGCGACACGUCGCUGCCCUUUGAUAAGGUCAUUCCGUGCAACAUCGGGAACCCCCAAGUGCUCAAGCAAGAGCCGAUCGAGUUCCACCGUCAAGUGCUCGCGCUCGUCAAUGUCCCGGGUCUCGUCGAAAAGCCCGAGGCACAGAAGCUCUUUCAACCAGACGCCAUCGCUCGUGCCAAGUUCUACAUUGACAAUAUUGCGGGCGGAACGGGUGCGUACGGACACAGUAAAGGCUCUGCGGUUGUGCGGGAAGAGGUCGCACGCUUUCUUCAGCGUCGCGACGGCCACUCUGCUGACCCAGAAGACAUUUACCUCACAGACGGUGCGAGUCCAGCAGUGCAGAACUCGCUGCUGGCUCUGAUCCGCAACAGCAACGACGCGAUUUUGGCGCCCAUUCCGCAGUACCCAUUGUACUCGGCAGCUAUUGCCAUCAAUGGAGGCACGUUGGUCGGGUACUACCUGGACGAAGCCAACACGUGGGGCCUGGACGUGACGGAACUGGCGCGGGCUGUGAAGGAAGCUCGGGAUGCAGGCAAGACUGUGCGUGCGAUGGCUGUGAUCAACCCUGGCAACCCAACGGGUCAGUGCUUGACGGUGGCGAAUAUUGAGGCGAUCAUCAAGUUUUGCAAACAGGAGAACAUCUUGAUCAUGGCGGACGAGGUGUACCAGGAGAACGUGUACGCAGAGGGCAAGAAGUUCCUAUCGUUCAAGAAGGUGCUGCGUGACAUGGGCAACGCUUAUGACGACGUGGAGCUCAUUUCGUUCCACUCGACGUCCAAGGGGUUCACUGGCGAGUGCGGUCGCCGUGGUGGCUACAUGGAGUUGGUGAACAUUGAUGCGGGCGUGAAGGACCAGUUCUACAAGCUCAUGUCGGUGAACCUGUGUUCGAACAUUGAGGGCCAGUUGAUGGUGGGAAUGAUGACGAACCCGCCGCAGCCCGGCGACGCGUCGUACGAGCGGUACGCCGAGCAGCGCGAUGGCAUUCUUGGGUCGCUUAAGCGCCGUGCCGUGAAGAUCGUCAAGGCCUUCAACGAGCUGGAGGGCGUCACGUGUAACGAGACCGAGGGUGCGAUGUACACGUUUCCCAAGAUCACGCUUCCAGUCCAGGCCGUUGAGGCUGCCAAGGAUGCAGGCAUGGCGCCUGACGCGUUCUACUGCAUGCAGAUGCUGGAUAGCACGGGGAUCGUGGUCGUACCUGGCUCGGGCUUUGGCCAGAAAGAGGGUACGUGGCACUUUCGCUCAACGAUUUUGCCGCCCGAGGAGGCCGUGGACGAGGUGAUUGCGAAGACAUCCAAGUUCCACGCCGAGUUCAUGGACAAGUACCGGUAG